AUGUUCCGAUUUCCUUAUGAAGUUGAGUACUUCGCGCUUGCAGAAAGUCUCGGGGGAUAUGAGAGUCUUAUUGAAAUUCCAUCUGUAAUGACACAUGCCUCGGUUCCUGAAGAGCAUCGUCGACUGCUUGGAAUUUCCGACAGUCUGAUUCGUAUCUCAGUUGGUCUGGAGGAUUGUAGAGAUCUGGUGAAGGAUCUGUACGAUGGUUUGGAAAAGCUCUAA